UGCCCUGCCUCUUGAAGAAGGCACUCUGGAGAGAGAGGUUUCACUCCCUCGCUCCAGCCUCUGAUAGUUUUUUGCCAGCCUUCCUGGGGUCCCCCGGCACCUGAAUAUAUGCUUUCCAGACAGCAGAAUUACCAAGAGUUCGGAAUUUAACAGGUUGUCAUGGCGACCAGCAAUGAUCCAGAGGAGGAGCAAGUUGUUCCGGAUACAGAAGAUGGAGCUGACGUGAAGGCUGUGCAGGCCCACUAUCUCCGAAGCCCUUCUCCCAGCCAGUACUCCAUGGUCUCAGAUGCUGAAACAGAGAGUAUUUUCAUGGAUCCUAUUCACCUGUCAUCAGCUGUUGCUGCCAAGCAGAUCAUCAAUGAAGAGCUCAAACCAAGGGAAGUCAAAGCAGACACUGUGUGUCCUGGGAUGCUGGAAUCUGCAGAGCAACUGCUGGUGGAAGAUCUCUACAACAGAGUCAAAGAGAAGAUUGAUGAUACCAGUCUGUAUAACACCCCCUGUGUCAUGGACCUCCAGAGGGCUUUGGUUCAGGACCGCCAAGAGGCCCCCUGGAAUGAAGUGGAUGAAGUCUGGCCCAAUGUCUUCAUCGCAGAGAAGAGUGUGGCUGUAAAUAAGGGGCGGCUGAAGAGGCUAGGGAUCACACAUAUCCUCAAUGCAGCUCAUGGCACGGGUGUUUACACCGGACCAGAGUUCUACAAUGGCCUGGAGAUUCAGUAUCUGGGUGUAGAGGUGGAUGAUUUCCCUGAGGUAGACAUAUCCCAACAUUUUCGGAAGGCUGCAGAGUUCCUUGAUGAAGCUCUGCUGACAUACAGAGGGAAAAUCCUGGUCAGUAGUGAAAUGGGAAUCAGCCGAUCAGCUGUGCUGGUGGUCGCUUAUCUGAUGAUCUUCCACCAUAUGACCAUCCUAGAAGCUCUAAUGACUGUGAGGAAGAAACGUGCCAUCUAUCCCAAUGAUGGCUUCCUGAAGCAAUUGAGGGAGCUGAACGAGAAGCUGAUGGAGGAGCGCGACCAGGACUAUGGGAGGGAGGAAGGGGAUUACGAGGAUGAAGGAGACAGCAAUUCUGUACUAGCGGGUGAAGGAGACACAGGGAGUGUGUUUGGGGCCAGAGUUCACUCGAUCAUAGUAGAGGAAGAGGAAGAUACAGCCAGCACCCUGAGUGGUUCUUCUGUGAGGAGCAUUCGUAGGAUCUCUAAGCCUGCCACCCUCGUUGACGAGGAAGAGGAAGAGAAGCUGUAUAAGGACUGGAGGAAGAAGCAAGGUUUCCCCAAGGCUAGGAAUGGACAGCCGUCAACGUCCUUGGAUCAGGAAGGAGGAGAAGAAUCUGAGGAGGACCUAGAGAGGGUCAUUCAGGAGUGGCAAAGCCGAAAUGAGAAGUAUCAAACAGAGAGGUCCCGUAGAUGGUCUAGGGAGGAGGAAGAGGAAGAAGAAGGGAGGACAGAUGGAGAGUCCCUCUCUGGGAGAAGCAGGAGGCGCACAUUCAGUGAGUGCAGCACCUCGGAGAGUACCCUAAGUCACGACAUCCGGGUUUUGAAGCAGCAGUUGGAGCUCAGCAGCCGUAGGCGGACCCAGAGAAAGCAUUCCGACUCAGAGUCCUCCGAGAGCACCUGGGACAUGUGGAAUCAAAGGCUGCUGGAGAUUGAGAAGGAAGCAUCUCAGAGAUAUCACUCUAGGAGCAGACGGGAGGAGGCUGAAUCAGAUUCAGAGAUGGGGAGGAGAGAGAGGGAGGAUGAUGAGGAAAGCGUAGCCUCUGAUGCUAGCUCCUUCUAUAACUUCUGCAAAAGGAACAAGGACAAGCUGACGGCCUUAGAACGGUGGAAGAUUAAAAGAAUCCAGUUUGGAUUUCACAAGAGGGACUCGGAGGCAGGAGAGGGCAGUAGUGAACAAGGCGAAGGAGGCACCGAAGGGGAGAAGAACCUCUCAGAUGUCAAUCUGACAGCCUACCAGGCCUGGAAAUUAAAACACCAGAAGAAGAUAGGGAAUGAAAACAAAGAUGAAGUGGUGGAACUCAGUAAAGGGGAGGACUCGGUUUUGACCAAGAAAAAGCAAAGGAGGCUGGAGCUGUUAGAAAGGACCAAGCAGAACCUGGAGGAGAGCCAGUCCAUGGAUAGCUGGGAUGCUGAGAGCACAGCCACCAGCAGAAGCAUCCCCCUGUCUGCUUUGUGGUCUUCUGCUACCUCGGCCAACGCUGAUGGGGACUCGGGCUCCGUGCUGAGCAUGCAGAGCAACAGGUCCCGCCUGUCUCAGGCCCCAAGCAAUAUCUCAGCUUCCUUGCCAACCAUACCUCUGCCCAACCUGCCGGUGGGACCGGGAGACACCAUCUCUGUGGCCAGCAUUCAGAACUGGAUCGCUAACGUGGUCACCGAGACCCUCGCUCAAAAACAAAAUGAAAUGUUGCUUCUGUCUCGCCCUCCUUCUACCGCGAGCAUGAAGCCCACCCCUCUAGGCAAUGGCGUGGGAGAUGAUCAAACGUCCUGCCUCAGUGGGCAGAGUGUCCGAUCCUUGGGUGCCUCCUUGCUGACUCGUCCCCAGGACAGGGCCGGCGCCGACGCUCAGUCUGUGUUGUCCUGUAGUACGGCGAGCUCAAGAACCGAAGCAAUCGGGGGAAAAGGGAAAGGAACGAGUAAGCCUCUCUAUAGCCUCUUUGCAGAUGACGUUAACCUGCAAGAGCUGAAACAAAAAGAAAAGGAGAUGCAAAGUGGGAUCAGGGAGAAGAUGUCCGAGUACAAAAUGGAGAAACUCGCUUCGGACAAUAAACGCAGCCACCUGUUCAAGAAGAAGAAGGCAAAGGAAGAAGAGGAGGAGGAGGGGGAAGAUGUCGGGGAAGAAGACACUGAUAGUGCCAUAGGGAGCUUCAGAUAUUCUUCUCGGAGUGAAUCUCAGAAGCCCGAGACAACUCUGUCCUCUUCCUCCUCUUUAGCUAUCUCCGAUCGCCGUGGAAGCGCCCACGUGGCCAACUUAGAAGUGGACAGAAGUAUUAAUAAGUGGCUUAGUGGCCUCAAGCCGGAAGGAGAAGUUCCCCCACAACGAGAUUGGUCUAGGAGCUCCGGGGAAAGAUACUCCAGGUCCAGCACUCUCCGGGAGGUGGAGUCCGAAGCGUCCACUUACAGGAUGUCCAAGUCCCGGUCAGAGGAGCGAGAUAGCUCCUCCCAUCACCAGUCAGACGGCAGCUCUGUGAGGAGUACCUCGCGAUUCUCCUCUUCCUCCACUAGGGAGGACAGGGAGAUGUACAAGUUCUCCAGAUCCAAAUUCAGGGAGACCUCGAGCUCUAGGGAAGAAAGUCCCGAGCCUUACUUCUUCCAAAGGAGCCCAGAACCUUCCCAGGGACAGGAGUCCCCCGAGCCGCUGCGAAGAGGGAGCUGGGCUAGAACCCACGACUGGGAAGACGUCGAAGAGUCAUCCAAGUCCGAUUUUACUGAAUUUGGAGCCAAGAGGAAAUUCACCCAGAGUUUCAUGAGGUCUGAUGAGGAAGGGGAGAGGGAAAGAAUAGAAAACACUGAAGAAGGAAGAUUUGCGUCAGGGAGAAGGUUCCAGUAUCGGAGAAGCACGGACAACGAGGAUGAGGAAGAGAAGGAUGAUGAAGCCAUUAUUGCUGCCUGGAGACGUCGGCAAGAAGAAACCAAAACGAAGCUACAGAGAAGACGGGAAGAGUAAGGAGGGCAGGACAUGGUCGACUGAUGUUGUUUAAGCCAGACAAAUGGUUUCUGGCUCUUGGAAACAGAGCCAGAAAAAUACGUCUGGCUCUUGGGAAGAGGCAGCCUUCCCCUGGUCUGAUGCUCUACGUCUUUGAGCUCAGGUUUUGGGGAAUGAAUAUCUGGAUGACAGAGAACUAAACUUCCUGCUGUCCCUGCUGUUUUAUGUGAAGAAAAAUGCUUACAAUCAGUGUGGCUGUGAAGCUGUACCUUGGGUAUUAUAGCUCCAUAGAAUUUUAGGGAGGGAAGAAGAAGCUAAGUCUUCUGUGGCAGACCACUUAGCAGGGAAUUCUGGUUGCAUUUUAUUUAAUGUAGUGAAUCUUCAUUAAACAUGGGCUCUGCCAAAAUCUUC